ACUGAACUGUGCAUUGGCAAUUGCAGCUGGAAAAGACGCGCAUUGCCCUCCAGUCCACAGUUUAUAUUAUAGGGACUAGUAGUAGUACAAGUAGUUUCGGUGAACUCAUUCAUUGUGUUUGGUACAUUUCUUGGUUCAUUUUGUUGUUGUUAAUCACACACACGCAUCGAGGGAGAGAGAGAGAUCUCACACUCACAGCUUUUAUUUUCACUUGACAGAGCUUCAUUAUCUGAGUUUUCCAGGUUCCUCACAGUGUUUAAGGUGGUGCGUGCUGUGACCCUUUUCUCUGAUUUGAGAAUGGACAAAGUAAAAAAUGAGCUUUUUCUAUUUUCCUGCGGAGUGUAAGAGCUUGAUUUGAAAAUGGGGUUGGUCUAAAGAGUUCACAAAUAGCUUUCUGGAAGGAAAAGAAAGAACCUUGCUUUUUUUUUUUUUAUUUGCAGUGAGGAAUCACAAGGUUCAUUUGGGGGCUUUUGCCAAAGUCCUCUGUGGUAUUGGUCUGUUUCUUUCUUAUGCUCAAAUCAGGGGUGAAGAGAUUGGAAAUACUGGGAGCUUCCUUUUUGGUCCUGUUUUGUCACAUCUUUAAUUUGUAUGUAAAGUAAGGAAUUAGGAUCACUAAGUGCUAAUAUUUGUUGGUGAAAGAUAUCAGCUUUAGGAUUUCUAUUUAUUGGGUCAUCUCCCACUAAGUUAUAGGUUGACUAAACAUUGUACUGUGAGUCCUGUUUGUGAAAUUUUCAAGGUUGAUCUCCAAUGAGACCAAGUCCAUUGAAGAAGUUUGCCUAAGAUUUUUUUUCAAGGCAUAGUUGUAUUUGAGGUUUGGCCUGUGAUUUGGAUACUUCAAGAUGGCAGAAAAUGUACAAGAAGCACGGUCGUUGGCCUUGACUCCUACGUGGUCUGUUGCCACUGUGUUGAGCAUCUUUGUUGCUGUCUCUUUGGUUGUGGAGCGCUCCAUUCACCGUUUAAGCAAUUGGCUGGGGAAAACUAAUCGAAAACCCUUGCUUGCAGCUUUGGAGAAGAUGAAAGAAGAGUUGAUGUUGCUUGGAUUUAUAUCACUCCUACUUACUGCUACCUCGGGCAUGAUAGCCAAUAUUUGCAUUCCAUCGAAGUUCUAUAAUAGUGCUUUUGCUCCGUGCUCUAGAUCUGAGAUUGAUAAAGAAACUGAAGAGAAUGAAUCCAAAGAACGUAAGUUAUUGAUGGCUUCUGCUUAUCCACACAUACUUGGGAGGAUGUUGGAUGGAAUAAAUAGAAAUUCCUGCAAAAAGGGUUAUGAACCAUUUCUUUCAUAUGAGGGGCUAGAGCAGUUGCACCGAUUCAUUUUUAUCAUGGCGAUAACACAUAUAUCUUACAGCUGCCUAACAAUGUUGUUAGCCAUUGUGAAGAUUCACAGUUGGAGAGUGUGGGAAAAUGAAGCUCACAUGGAUCGACACAAUUCAUUAGCUGAAAUUACUAGACAGUUAACGAUGCGAAGGCAAUCAACCUUUGUCAAGUCUCAUCCAUCAAAUCCAUUGGUCAGAAACAGUUCCAUCAUUUGGCUGACAUGUUUUUUCCGGCAAUUUGGGCAUUCCGUGGUUCGUGCUGAUUACCUUACACUUCGCAAAGGCUUCAUCAUGAAUCACAACCUUUCAUUAAAAUAUGAUUUCCAUAGCUACAUGGUCAGAUCUAUGGAAGAGGAAUUCCCAAGGAUAGUUGGUGUGAGUGGUCCUCUCUGGGGAUUCGUUGUUGGUUUCAUGCUUUUCAACAUUAAAGGAUCUAAUCUCUAUUUCUGGAUUGCUAUCAUUCCUGUAUCUCUUGUUCUUUUGGUGGGAACAAAGCUACAGCAAGUUAUCGCAACCUUGGCAUUGGAGAAUGCUGGAAUUAAUGGCUUCUUCUCAGAAGUAAAGUUAAGGCCCCGUGAUGAACUUUUCUGGUUUAAGAAGCCUGAACUAUUGCUAUCCUUAAUCCACUUCAUUCUCUUCCAGAAUGCAUUUGAAUUGGCAUCGUUCUUUUGGUACUGGUGGCAGUUUGGAUAUAAUUCCUGCUUUAUUUGGAAUCACCUCCUUGUUUAUUUAAGGCUAUUCUUGGGGUUCGCAGGACAGUUUCUUUGCAGCUACAGCACCUUGCCACUUUAUGCACUCGUUACACAGAUGGGAACAAACUAUAAAGCAGCACUGAUUCCACAGAGGAUAAGGGAGACAAUUCAUGGUUGGGGGAAGGCAGCUAGAAGGAAGAGAAGACAUGGUUUGUUCCCUGAUGACUCCACCAUUCAUACCGAUACAAGCACUGUGCUGUACAUUGAAGAUGAUGAUCGAUUAGUCGAUACCACCGGAGAACUUGCCACAGUCACUGAAGUAGAAUUACAACCUGUAACAACUGUUACAUCUACCCCUUCACCCAUUGCUAAUGAAACUUCAAGCAGGGUUGUUACACCCCUCCUUCGACCCUCAGCUUCAAUAUCUUCUUCAGCACCAUUCAGUUCUAGAAUAGAAGUAGUUCCAAGAUCCUCCUCUAUGCCAAGUGGAAGAUAAUCACGCAAUGGAAGAAAAUGAUGCCAAUGAUGAAAAAUGAAACAAGUGCAUUGGCAAAGAUAACAGUGCUUAUUGCCAUUACUAAUUUAUGUGGGACACAGUUGUAUCAUAUUGAGACAUUGCAUCUGUUGAUGCCGCUAUUCCCACCAAGAAUCUUGCAUAUUAAUAUGAAUAUAAAAAAGAGCAAACCUCAUGUAUCAUCAAUAAAGUUUAGCAUUUUUCAGGUUA